AUGACGGGUAUCAGGAGGAAAAACUCUCCGCAGAAGUCGGUACUUGGUCUACAGAAGGAUGCGGCUGCUUCCAGUGCCUUCUUCUGGAAGGACUCGAUUGAGAAGUUCAAAGAGCUUCUGAUCCGCUGGAUUGUAUACUGCCACAUUGCUUUCUUUCAGUUGGAAAAUCAGUAUUUUCGUGAACUUCUCUUCUUUCUGAAUCCAGCACUGAUGAACCACCUCCCGAAGGCAGCGAGAACCAUUCGAAGCUGGGUGAUGACUGCCUUCAUGUCGAAGAAGGAGCAGCUCAGGGAGGAUCUACAACAUUCGAAGAGUAGAAUAUCGAUAUCAUUUGAUCUUUGGACUUCGCCAAACCCGUACGCUAUUCUAGGCGUCGUCGCCAUGUGGAUUGAUGCUGCCGGCAAGCGAAGAUCCACCGUUUUGGGCAUGCGCCGCGUCUACGGUGAACACACUGGCGAGAAUGUUGGAUCAAUUGUUCUUGAAUUGCUAAAAGAAUACAACAUCGGCGGAGACUCAAUUGGAUACUUCAUGCUAGAUAAUGCCUCGUCAAACGACACCGCUGUUGACCUCAUACUCAAGGAGCUCUGCCCGUGGAUGGAUGCGAAACAGCGUCGUCAUCGCCGGCUUCGCUGCUUGGGCCAUAUAAUCAACCUUGGGCCGGAACUGCGAGAAAUACCUGGCAAAGCUGGAAAAGCACCAUUUACGCGGAGACUAUGCAAAGGUAGAGGAGCUCUGGAAGAAAUUUGGAUGUUUGGGUCGGCUUCACAACCUAGUGCGAUACAUACGGCUUACGCCUCAGCGUCGUGA